GUCGUUUGAUCAUGUUAAUUUCCAAGCUUCUUGUGAUGGCUGUGAAAAUUGACCAAGAGAAGAGAUCCCAGGUCAAUAAUCUAGGGUAUUCUUCUUAUAUAUAGAUGGUAGGGUCACUCUUCUAGCACAACAGCAAAUCAUCCAUCUCUCAGAGUCAGCUAUCACAUUCGCUCAUUCAUUCAAUUAUCCAGUUCCACUCAUUCAAUCAUCAUGUCUGCUUUCAUUCUUGCCGCUACUCUAUUAUCAGCUGUUAUGGCUUGUCCUCAGCAUGAUCUUUCUGACUCACUUAUGAAGAGAGCAGAAGGUUCGGAUUGGGCAUAUGACGCUGCCUACAACUGGGGAAUGAUCAACGAGAGUAAGUUUUCUUUUCCACCUCAGACUCCCGUUCACUCCCUGACAUCUCACCACUAGACUACACUACUUGCCAAACCGGUGCCCAACAAUCUCCUAUCCACUUGGAGACCGUAACCGGCUUUUCCAAGACCCACGUUCCAACUUUCAAUUACCCAACCGCGACCCCAGGUUCUCUAUACAACUGGGGAUAUGGCCCCGCUUUCUCCCUCACUGCCAACACCACCGAUCUUAGCGGCAACCCAUCGAUGACCUUCGACAAGGAAACCGUGUAUCUGAAAGGAUGGCACAUUCAUUCACCUGCCGAUCAUACCAUCGACUCCACGCGCUCCAAGUCCGAGCUUCAUUUUGUGCACGCCACAGCCUCGGGCAAAGAACGAGCCGUCGUUGCUUUCAUGAUCGAUCCCGUCCCUUAUGGUACCACUGGCAACUCUACAUUUUUCAAUUCUUUCCCCCUCGCAUCCGUCCCAACCUUCCAUGAUCAGACUACCAGAAUUCCAUUGAAUAUAAAUCUCAAGCAAGCACUCACGGAAAUCGACAACGCUAAGGAUUUCUGGACUUAUGAGGGAAGUCUUACUUCUCCACCAUGUACCGAGGGUUUAAGGUGGUUCGUCGCAGGCAAGAAGAUGACGGUUGGCACUGAGCAAAUGAAACAGUUAUUGGCUGUUAGCACAUAUAGUGCGCGCGAAGAGCAAAAGCUCUGGGGACACAACAUCAACAAAUAGAUGGUGGCCGGAUACUUUGUGAUGUGAUUUAGCGAUGUGAUUGGAGAUAUGGCUUUGUGUUUUAUAGAAAGAAGGGUUGGUGUUUGAGUAGCGCAGAAGGGAGCGUUUAUUAUAUAUGUAAGGUCUUUAUUUAUGUAUAGGCGCAGAGGUUUUUGAUUUUGGGAGAGGGAUGGGCAGAUUUGGUUUUUGGAUUUGGAGGGUUUCUGCUUGAUUCUAUUUCCUGUAACAUCAUCUAUCUACUAUUGCGCAAGAUUAG